UGACUUACCCGACGCACGCUCUGGCUCCACUAAGUGAAUUUGUUAGUGCUUUCUGCCACAGUAGGGCAGGCACACAGAAACUGUCAGCAUGCUGCUCUCUCUCGCUCUCUCUCAUUGGCUGCUCCAGAGUGGUUGGGAACACCGGCCGCAUCCCCUGUCCCCCAGAGAGCCCAAUGUGCUGAGGUCACAGUUCUGAAUCGCCUCCAAAUGACUUCACUCGGAGAAAGCACCUGCUUUGGGCGAGCCCGCAUUAAAUCACUCAGUGGACGUAGGGAGCCGGAGCAGACCAUUUCUUUCAUACGGACACUUCCCUCCUCCAAGAACACAAAUGGGAACUUUGCCGCAGCACUACACUCUUGAAGGACGGAGAAAGAGGGCUGGGCAGCCAGGAAAAGAGCAAAGCCACCAAACAAGGAUUGCUUUUCAGCUUCCCAAAUAUCCCCUUUCCCCCUUCACCCCUAUCCCUUCUCCUUCUGCACCACGGCUUUUCCCUAGAAACUACCUGGCGUCCCAAACGUCCCUCCCUAAUCACCCCUCACCCCCUAAAUCUCUGAUGGAUCAGAGGACUCAGGGGGGGCCUGCUACUCCACCCCCCCUCCUCACCACUGCUCCCCCAGGAGAGCGAGAGAAGGAAGGAGGAGGUGGGAAGAAAGAUGAGGAGGAGGAGAAGAAGGAGGAGAGAGAGGGGUCGCAGAGGGACUCCUCUUCUGCUGCAGGUGGAGGAGGGGGCUCCGGUGAGCAGCAGCCACCCCAGUUCUCUGUCAAAGAGACUAGCCUCCAUGAGGGCAAUGUCAAACUCAAGAUUGGCCUGCAGGCAAAACGCAUGAAGAAGCCACCCAAGAUUCUGGAGAACUACGUGUGUCGGCCAGCCUUCAGGGCUACCGUGAGACCAAGCGGGCGCGGAGGUGGCCGGGGGAGCCGCGGAGGAGUAGGGACAGGCGACGGGGGCAACCAGACCCAGAGUCCUCCACACGGCAGGGAGAGAGAGCAGAGUCCUGGCAUGAACCGACCCAUCCCAUUGUCUUCAUCUCCCUCUGCUGCUGCCCCUACUCCUCCUCCAACUGUUCCUGCUCCUUCCACCACUUCACCCAGUCCAGUGAAUGGGAGUACUCCAGCUAAACGGGGUCUUCCAAAACUGGCCUGCAAGUCGGACAAAUCUGAGGCGAAGUCAGACGGGAAAUCCGCCGCCUCUACGGAGAGACCGCUGAAUCUUCAUCGUCCUUUGGCAGACGGCAAAACGCAUCAUGCCUCUGGGAAGAAGACGCCCACGCCCCAAACCAAGUCUCCUACCUCCUCGCCCUCCCCUCCUGCGCCCCCAUCACCGGAACCCAGCGUGGAAGCCGCUACUAAACCUCCUGGGUACACUUACAGCAGUGAGGGUCUGAGGGAGAAGGACCGGGGUGUUCCUAGUUGGGGCGCUCCUACUGUCACUGAGAAACUAGCGCAACUCAUCGCCACCUGCCCUCCCUCAAAGUCCACCAAGGUGAAACCCCCCAAAACUACUUCCUCUCCCACCACCCACACCACUUCUAAUUUUAUGGCCCCCACCCCAAAGCAGCGAGACCGCGCUAUGGCCAACAGGGCGACCUAUUCUAGAGCGGUCCACCUAGCUCCACCCCCUCCCGUCUCGCGCCCUCCUGGCCGCCCCUAUGGCUCCCGGAACAAUAAAGACAAUGUUUUGGAGAAGUCAUCCACCCCGCCUGGGAAAGAGGAGACAGAUGGGGCCAGCAAGUCUGGCAGCAGCAACAACAGCAACAGCAGUCGCAGCAGCAGCCCCACAUUAACUUACGGUGGCGGCAAUAACCGCCUGGCAACAAUUUCAAAGGACAGUAACGACAGCAACAGUAAUGGCGCGAAGCCACUACAGUCACGUCUUACUCACUGCCCACCGCCUCACUCUGUCUCCUCCUCUUCCCCCUCACCACCUCGUUUGUCAUCCUGCUCCUCUUCAGAGAAGAGGACGGGGAGCGGGCCAAGUCGCCAGGGCUCCCCUGCCUCUCAAGGACACCACUCCCGAGACCGAGACAGUCCCUUCCAGGCAGAGGAGAGGGAGAGCAGUGAGAGGGAGCAGGAGCGUGACCGGGACGGCCCCAGAGACUUAACCAAAUGCUCCCUUCCUUCAGCAUUAGGCAAGCAGGAGGCCAAGGACAAGGGGGCUAAUCAGUCACUCAGAGGGGAGAGAGGCAAGAGCUUGAGCCCCAGUAAACGCAGUCCCAACACCAUUAAAUGCAAUCCCACCCCCAAUAAACGCAGUCCCAACAGGGAAAGAGACGGUCACACCAGCGGUACCUCCAGUCCCCCGGGGUCUGUGAGACGGACUGCCUCGCCACCAGAGCCCGCCGGCAACCAUUCACCCCCUCCUCUCAGAGACGAGUCCCCUGGAUACGAGUCACCGGGCUCGCCCCCAGAGCAGGAGAACAAACCCCUGAAGAAGCGGCGAGGCAGAAAGCCCCGCUGGACCAGAGUAGUGAACCGGACACAGAGGGCGGGCCAGUACAGCCCCGUUGACCAGUGCGAAACCAUCAUGCCUUUAUUCUCCUCAGGCCUUGAUACUCCCCCGCCCCUACGCAGGCCUGUAGGACGGCCUCCUAACCCCAAUAAGGUCAAGCCUCCCGCUGUGUCUCAACUCUUUCCUCAGCCAGCCAGGAAAAGGGGACGGCCCAAGUCUAAAAUGCCAAGGCUGGAUGCCCCCACUCGGGGACGUCCCCCUCACAAGCUGGCCCCCUCUAAGGUAUUUUCUUUACACAGGUCGAAAGAGGAGCAGGACCCCCCUGUUCUCCAUCCAGAGGUAGAUCUGAAUCCUCCCAAACCUAUGCCCAGGAAGCGGGGGCGACCCAAACGCCUGCCCCCGACCUUGCCGCAGGAGGGUCAGCCCCCCACUCUGGCACCGGAAGCGGGGGACGGCAAACAGUUCCGGACCAAGGGCAACGGGCAGCUCAUCAUGAAGACUAUCAUAGGCAAGAUCAACAAGAUGAAGAGUGUCAAACGCAAACGGUUCCUCAGCCAGAUCCUAUUAGGACCAGGGUCCGGACCAGAGCAGGAGCCCCCCAGAGGAACUGCCAGUGGGGUGGUGGGCCAGGUAGCAGCUGCAACCCAGUCUCUAUCCUCCUUGGCUGCUUCUUUCGGAGGCAAACUGGGACCCCAGAUCAACGUAAGCAAAAAGGGGACGAUAUACAUGGGGAAAAGGAGAGGGCGCAAACCUAAAGCGCCAACAAAUCUCUCGUUGGCAGCUCCAACACCACCCACCGAGGGGCCUUUCCUGUCCCCAAACACCACGUCGCCACUCCACCACCAUCAGUCUCAGCCGCAGCACCAGCUCCCGUCUGCCGAGGUGUUCCCCUCCCCCUCGCUCUCCCAGUCCAGCGGAGGCCAGAGCCCCAUCAGUGACUCCUGCUUUGUGGCGCCAGGGGCAGUGCACUUCCUGACGCACCCGCACUUCCACAGCCACGGCCACCACUCGUUCCCCUUCCCUCCCCCGACGUUCUCAGCCCCCUCCCCUCGCACUCUGGGCCCUCUCGGCUCCUCGGCUGCCGUGGCCUCCCAGAAGAAGUCGUGCCGUGGCUACCAUCACCACCACCAUCAUUACAGGCAGCACUACCACUACCGUAAGCUAUCCCCUCCUAGGCCCCUCCACCCCACCUCCCCUGCACCUCUGAGUGAGCUGAAGGAAGCCACCCCCUCUCCUGUCAGUGAGUCUCACAGUGAGGAGACUGUACCCAGCGACAGCGGCAUAGGAACAGACAACAACAGCACUUCUGACCGGGGUGAGAAGGCUGGUGGGGCAAGUGGCCUAGGUAGCGUGGGGAUACCACCUGGUAUGGCCAGUGGACUGCUAAUGCCAGGGGUGAUGGGCUCAGCCGUGGGGGUAGGGGUUGGGCUAAACCCUCGCGGUGGACUAAGACACUCGUCCUCAGUGUUGCUGGAGCACCCCUCGCCCUCUCCGUCACCACUGGGGGCGAGGUCCUCACCAGACCCCCGCAGGCCCCACCUGGCGACCCCUCCCUCUGCACUAGUGGGCCACAAAGAGAAACACAAGCACAAAUGCAAGCGCCGGAGCCACGGCUGCCCGGGUUACGACAAGCUAAAGAGGCAGAAGCGCAAACGCAAGAAGAAGUACCUGCAGCUGCGCUCCCGGCGCCAGGACCCCGACUUCCUGGCCGAGCUGGAUGAGAUUGUGGUGAGGCUGAGUGAGAUCAGGAUAGCGCACCGCACCCCGGCGCUCAGGCUGGGCAGUGGGCUGGGGAUGCCCCCGGGAGCUGCAGGGGCGGGCAGAGUACCAGGGGCGGUAGGCAGGGCCACUGGGGCCAUAGGAGGCGCUGGCGGCCCCCCUCCGCAUCACUACCUGCACAGAGACUUGCUUCCAACAAUCUUCAGGAUAAACUUCAGCGGCUACUACUCCCCCCACCCCUCGUACCCCUGUGACUCUCUGCACUAUGUCCGCAAGCCAGACCUGAAGAAGAAACGCGGGCGCCCUCCCAAGCUGCGGGAGUCCAUGUCAGACGUACCAUUCGUUCAUGGGCUGGGGUUCCCGCUAUCUAGCGGUGGGUUCUACCACCCAUCCUACAGUGUUCCCUACUCCUCUGGUCCCCUUGGUCUGGGCUACUACAGAGGAUACCCCCCAGCCAGRGCCCUGUACCCCCAUCACCAGAACRCCCWRUCUGCRCCYUCCCACCACUCCCAUCARUCCCCCUCCUUCCKCCCYCCACCUCCCCCMUCCUACGUGCACCACCACCACCCGUCACACCUCCUGCUCAACCCCUCCAAAUUUCACAAGAAGAAACACAAGCUGCUGAGACAGGAGUUCCUGGGUGGGGGCCGGUCUCCCGUGCUCUACCCGGCAAUGUCCUCAGAGCUGUCGUUCGGCUGGCAUCACAAACACAAACACAGACACAAACACCAAGAGCGCUGCGCAGAGGACGACGGGGAAGAGGGAGGAGGAGAGAGCCGAGGCGGAGCCGAAAUUUCCGAGAGCCCGGGGUCAGGAAGGGGAGAACGCGGGGCCGGAAUGGCCGAAUCUCUGCAGCGCUGUCGCUUUGGAAGAGACUCCACCCCUACUACCACCAGUGCCAACAAACAAGCCACGGCCACCUCGGCCAACUCCCCUUCCUCGUCUUCCUCUUCCUCAGCCGAGAGGUACAAGCGCAAGGAGACAUCCCUGUCUUUCCUGGGGCCCUCUCGCCUGGCCCAGGGCAGUGCCAGGCCCAGGGGCCACCAACACGUCGAGUCCUGGUUCAGGAUGGGCAGCUCCGAGGCAGACUACGCUAAGCUCUCCCGAAACCCCGCAGCGGUCGGCCAGGGCCCGUUCACAGACGGCCAGGGAGAAGAUCCAGCGGGCUGCUCAGACAGCGAAGAGGAAGACGAGGAGCCCCUCACACCCACAGACGAGGCGGAUCCCAAGUCCCAGGACCCCCCGCACCACACCAACCUGUUUGCCACCGCCCUGACCCCUACCUUGCUGAGAGGAGGCCGAGUCAGGAAGGGAGGGGCGGCAGAGAGUUCUAACUUCACCCGGAUGGAGCGGAUGCUGAGAAAAGAGCACUCCACGUUAGCAGAGAGGAGAGAGAUGGGCGGUACAUCAAGUGUCCAGACCCGAGCCGACCACUCUACCCCUGAGGACCACCUCAGGCAGCACCACCACCACCCUCCUCUAUUCCACUCUUCCUCCUCCGCCUGCCUCUCUCACUGUGGCCACAACUCGCCGUCCCAGGGUUGCUGCCUGGACGAUGAUGCCUCCCCGCCACACCACUCCCACCGGGCCCAGCCCUCUAAACACAGCCUGCACCACGUCAACAAGAUCCUCCGUGCAAAGAAGCUCCAGAGACAGGCGAGGACAGGCAACAACAUGGUCAAGAAGAGAGGCCCUGGGCGCCCCAGGAAGCAUCCCUUGCCUUCCCCGCCCCCGUCGCCGCCCCCUCUGGCCGAAGUGACCCAGACCAGGCACCGGGAACGUGGAGGAGGAGCUUGGAAGGGGGACACUGUGACGGACGCGAUCGAGUCGGUGGUCCAGGGACAGUUCAGGAAAGGCCAGAAGAGGAAGCACUGGGAGAGAGACAGGGAGGAGGAGGAGGAAGAGGAGGAGGUGGAGGGACGAGCUCUGGACAGGGAGGAGAACCUGGGUGGCCUGGGGGUGAGGGCCAGUGCUGAGGGAGGAAGUGGUUGGCUCACCCAAGAGGAGCUGCACCGCUUUCGCAGUGCUCUGGAGGGGAAACCAGAUGGCCCCUCCUCCCCGGAAUGUCCGGGCACCGUCUCCAUGGAACAAGCUCCACCCAUGCCUAUAACCAGCCAACGGGAAAAGAGAGCAGCCAGGCCUCCAAAGAAGAAGUUCCAAAAGGCGGGUCUCUACUCUGAUGUGUACAAGUCGGCAGAUCCUCGUAGUCAGCUCCUGCAGAUGAAGAAAGAGAAACUGGAGUACACACCUGGGGAACACGAGUAUGGGCUUUUUCCUGCCCCUAUCCAUGUCGGAAAGUACCUAAGACAGAAGCGCAUUGAUUUCCAGUUGCCUUACGACAUCUUGUGGCUGUGGAAACAUGACCAGCUCUACGAGAAGCCCGAUGUCCCCCUUUAUAAAAAGAUCAGAUCAAACGUCUAUGUGGAUGUGAAGCCUGUCUCGGGUUAUGAAGCCACCACCUGUAACUGCAGGCCUUCCGGGGAAGCCAUCGACAGAGGCUGCCUUGACGAAUGCCUCAACAGGAUGAGCUUUGCCGAGUGCUCCCCCGGCACUUGUCCAUGCGGGGAGCAGUGUGACAACCAGCACAUCCAGAGGCAUGAGUGGGUGCAGUGCCUGGAGCGCUUCCGUGCCGAGGGCAAGGGCUGGGGUAUCCGCACCAAGGAGCCCCUCCGCUCAGGCCAGUUCAUCAUCGAGUACCUGGGAGAGGUCGUCAGCGAGCACGAGUUCAGAAGUCGCAUGAUGGAGCAGUACUUCGCCCACAGCGGCCAAUACUGUCUGAACCUGGACAGCGGCAUGGUGAUCGACAGCUACCGGAUGGGCAACGAGGCUCGCUUCAUCAACCACAGCUGUGAACCCAACUGUGAGAUGCAGAAGUGGUCGGUGAAUGGGGUGUACAGGAUCGGCCUCUUUGCCCUCAAGGACAUGAGCAGCGGCACGGAGCUCACCUACGACUACAACUUCCACUCCUUCAACACCGAAGAGCAGCAAGUGUGUAAAUGUGGCUCAGAGGGCUGCCGGGUCAUCGGAGGGAAAAGCCAGCGAAUCAACGGGAUGCCUGGAAACAGCGGGGCACGGCGGCUGGGUCGACUCAAGGAGAAACGCAAGUCCAAGCACCAGCUGAAAAAACGAGAGGAGGAUUCAAGUGACAGCAGCAAGUUUUAUCCCCACCUUCUUAUGAAACCCAUGUCCAACAGAGAGAGGAACUUCGUGCUCAAGCACUGUGUGUUCCUACUGAGGAACUGGGAGAAGAUGAGGAGAAGCAGAGACUGUAAAGAGGGAAGCGAGAGGGAGGCCAGUGGCGGCCUGUCCAUCUACACACGCUGGGGAGGAGUCAUCCGCGACGACGGGAACAUCAAGUCAGACGUGUUCCUGACACAGUUCUCGGCGCUGCAGACGUCGCGGUCGGUGCGCACGCGGAGGCUGGCGGCAGCCGAGGAGAACACGGAGGUCACCCGCACCGCCCGCCUGGCGCACAUCUUCAAGGAGAUCUGUGACAUGAUCACCAGCUACAAGGACUCAGCUGGUCAGACCCUUGCUGCUCCACUGGUAAACCUACCCUCAAGAAAGCGGAACACGCAGUACUAUGAGAAGGUGUCAGACCCGCUGGACCUGAGUACCAUUGAGAAGCAAAUCACCACAGGGCACUACAAGACCGUGGAGGCAUUUGACACUGACAUGCUCAAAGUGUUCCGCAACGCAGAGAAAUACUACGGGCGGAAGUCGUCAGUAGGGAGGGACGUGUGCCGGCUGAGGAAGGCCUACUACGGCGCGCGCCAUGAAGCCGCUGUCCAGAUUGACGAAAUCGUCGGAGAAACAGCCAGCGAAGCGGACAGUUCGGAUUCGCUGGAGCGAGACCAUGCCCAUCAUCACCACCACCACGGAGGGGGCUGGCCGGGCUCACACGACAAGGACGAUGACAUCAUCCGCUGCAUCUGCGGCAUGUACAAGGACGAGGGCCUGAUGAUCCAGUGUGAGAAGUGCAUGGUGUGGCAGCACUUUGACUGCAUGCGGCUGGAGGCGGAGGUGGAACACUACCUGUGUGAGCAGUGCGACCCCCGACCUGUGGACAGGGAGGUGCCAAUGCUGCCCCAGCCCAGCUACGCCCAGUCUGGCUCAAUAUACUACAUCUGUCUGCUGCGAGACGAACUGCUGCUGCACCAAGGUGACUGUGUGUACCUGAUGAGGGACAGCAGACGCACCCCAGAGGGACAGCCAGUCAGGCAGUCCUACCGUCUCCUGUCCCAUGUCAACAGAGACAAGCUAGACAUCUUCCGCAUCGAGAAACUCUGGAAGAGUGAAAAGGGUGAGAGGUUUGCCUUUGGCCAUCAUUACUUCAGGCCCCACGAGACGCACCACUCGCCCUCGCGCCGCUUCUACCACAACGAGCUGUUCCGUGUGCCACUCUACGAGAUCAUCCCUCUGGAGGCCGUGGUCGGGACCUGCUGCGUCCUCGAUCUCUACACCUACUGCAAAGGGCGGCCGAAAGGAGUGAAGGAGCAGGACGUGUACAUCUGCGACUACCGCCUGGACAAGUCGGCGCACCUCUUCUACAAGAUCCACCGCAACCGCUUCCCCGUGUGCACUAAGCCCUACGCCUUCAACCACUUUCCAAAGAGGCUGGCCCCCAAGAGAGACUUCUCAGUAAGAGGGUCGAAGAGGGGUGGGGGUUGUUUGUAUUGAAGUUUCCGUAUGUAGUUUUAGUGAGGCUAGUUUGAUGAGGUAGUAUUGAUAUAAGGUUCCAUUAUGGGCUUGAAUUGAGUGCAACUAGAGAAGUGUAUCAAAGUUGUUUUUAUCAAAGAGGUUGAUCGUGCACCAGUGGCGACUGAUAUGUGCCUACCAUUCUUUUCAAACCGCUAGUUAUCCUGUU